AUGACGGCCUUCACCUCGAUCCUCCAUCGCGCAGAGAAAAGCCGAAUUGAACGAGCACCUUCCACAUCCAAGCCUCGCCCUCUUCCUAACACGCUCCUUCCCUUUAAUCCGCAUCGUCGCUUCCUCCCAAUCGUCCCUCCUUCGCCCUCCCUCCCCACCGCUCUCGGAUUUUCUCCUCCCCCGCCAAAUCCAAAACCCCAGAACGCAAGACACAGACGAAACAUGGAGCGCUUAUCUCUAGAAAGCCCUGCCCCGGCACAGCGCACCCCGCAACAAAAUCAACAAUUCCCCCAGAAUGCCCUCGGCCCAGCAGGUCCCCAGCCAACAGGCGGCCCACCACAAUUACCCCCGCAGAUGUUCACAACCGCCGCACAGCUGCUCGACCUAACAGAUAAGAAACUUGUGCUCAUUCUCCGCGACGGGCGAAAGCUCAUUGGUGUCCUGCGAAGCUGGGAUCAGUUCGCAAAUCUAGUUUUCCAGGAUACUGUCGAACGCAUCUAUGCUGGACAACUGUAUGCUGAUGUCCCGCGAGGCAUCUUUAUCGUUCGUGGAGAGAAUGUUCUCCUACUAGGUGAAGUGGACCUCGACCGUGAAGACGAUAUCCCACCCGAAGUAACCAGAGCCCCAUUCGAAGAAGUCUUCGCAUUGAAGAAAAAGGAAGAAGCGAAGCGGAAAAAGGGCGAUAAGAAGCGCUACGACGAGUUGCAAGCACUUGGUUUCGAGCCUGAGCAUAGCGGGGAGAUCUUGUUCUAG